AUGCGCGGGUUUGUUGUGUCGUCCGCUCUGGCCUCGAUUAUUAUGACGCCGAUGAUUUGUUUCGACGGCUAUCCAACGCCAGCUUGGCACCUGAGGCGUGGCUGGCCUGGCCCCCAAGCCAAUGCGAGUAUUGGCCCGAGCUCGCUGAAAGAAGAUGCGAUGGAUGGCUGGUCCAAGCUGCAGGCUGCGGCCUCCGCGUGGUAG